AAAAAUAUACACAGAAAUAACACAAAAUUUGCAGUUUUAACAAAAAAAAAAAAAUUAAACAAUACUCAUCAAAGCCAAAAUUCAGCACAAAUACAAACGCAAAACAGAAUGCGAUUGACAGUGAGUCGAUAAACUAGGAACGCGGAAUCGGAACACCUCAGGGGUCUAAAUCUCAACUAUUCGGCGCAAUAUCAGAAACAGUAUGCUAUUUAUGGAUGCUCUAUUCAAUAGCCUGCUAGUGGUUAGUUCCGGCUAUGCCAUGUAUACAUUGCAUCCAUUGCAGACACCGUAUGGUUAUACGGCAGCUGGUAUUAGUUUGAUGCACGGACUGCUCGGCGUUAUGAGAGCCAUUAAGAAUGAUGAAGGUGAAUGCAAUGGCCUACGUUUGAUCACAUCCGGGAUAAUGGAUAUUGUACCAUUGCCAUUGACCAAUAUUGAAUUGUAUCUAAGGUCAUCGAGUCCACAUUUGGCACUGGCUCACGCUUGUUUUGUUGUUCCGCUAGUCUAUGAUAUAGCGGCCAAGGUGACCGACAGUGAGGAUACUUCAACGGAAACCCUAAAGGAGCUCACUAUGCUGGGCAAUGUGGUAUCAAUGCUAUUUCUUGGAGUCAAUCAAUCGAGUAAUAUGUACGGCAGCAUGGCAGCCCUUGCAUUCGGAGCACGGUACGGUCCCGUUUUAUUGGACCAUUAUGUUGACGGUUUGGGUGCCAAUUUCAAUUUGUUGGCCAAUUCCAUGUUCAUUGUGCUAAUGGCUAUGACUCUGACGGUUAAGCAAAUCUAGUUAAAGAUUCGGAAUGCACAAAAUGCUUACAAUGUGGACAAAAAUGAUCAUAAUCACAGCGAAAGCGAUGACGUGGACGACGACGACGACGACGACGGCGUCUUUUGUUUCGGCAGCUCAAGGCUAAGUGCUUGCGGUUCAUUGGCUCAACAAUGGCUCAACAACUCCAACGGCUCAAUAAACUUGCAAUUAAUGUUGGCAAAUUAAAAUGCAAAAUAAACAUUAAUUGUUUUUUGUCAAAAAGAGAGAGAAAAAAAAAAUGUAACCGAAAAGCGACACAACAUCAUUUAAAGCAAAUUUACACAGAUGUUGAUGAUAAUGAUGAUGAUGAGGUGAUGAGCCUGUUGAGCCAGGCUGUCUCACAAAAAAAUGAAACCUUAAAACGGGUUACUCUCAACAGACACCGCCUCUUUAUUUAUUUAACUGUGAGUCAUUAUUGAUUAACACACACACACACAUAUAGGACAUCAGAAACUCAUUGUUAAUCUGUGGUAAAAGGUUUCCAACCUUUUUUUUUUUUGGGCUAAAGUGCAAGUUUAUGAACAACAAUUAAAGUCAAUUUUUGAUCUAAAUUAUGAUUUCAGUUGUGCACGAAUAAACAAAAAGAUUGUUGAAAAGUUAAAA